CUUUAAAGACAGAACAGAAGCUUAUAAAAGCACACCCUAUUGGCUUCACACAUUCAUUGAAAUCACAUGCAUCAUUGAUUUCUUAUAUGCAACUACACAUAACAAUUACCAUUUUUUUUGUUUUGCUUUGAACAACAAAGUACAAACAUAAAUUAAGACCAGACAAUUUUUAAGGUUAAGCACCAUGUCUGACUCAGAUAUAACUUUCUAUUUUCUUUCUUCAAUUCUUUCUCUUCUCAUCUUCAUUUUCUUUCUCAUCAAAACAAAACAAGCCAAACCCAACCUUAAUCUUCCACCAGGAAGAAUGGGUUGGCCUUUCAUUGGAGAAACUAUUGGUUACUUGAAGCCUUAUUCUGCUACAACUAUAGGAAAAUUUAUGGAACAACACAUAGCAAGGUAUGGUAAAAUUUACAAAUCAAACUUGUUUGGUGGACCAACAAUAGUUUCAGCAGAUGCAGGAUUGAAUAGGUUCAUAUUACAAAAUGAAGGGAAAUUAUUUGAGUGCAGUUAUCCUAGUAGCAUUGGUGGAAUACUUGGGAAAUGGUCUAUGUUGGUUUUGGUUGGUGACAUGCAUAGAGACAUGCGUAAUAUAUCACUCAAUUUUUUGUGUCAUGCUAGGCUUAGAACACAUCUAUUGAAAGAGGUUGAGAAACAUACCCGUCUUGUUUUAAGUUCUUGGAAGGAAAAAACCACAUUUGCAGCUCAAGAUGAAGCUAAAAAGUUCACAUUUAAUUUGAUGGCAGAACACAUUAUGAGUCUUCAACCUGGGAAAAUAGAGACAGAGAACUUAAAGAAAGAGUAUGUUACUUUUAUGAAAGGUGUUGUAUCAGCACCAUUGAAUUUUCCUGGAACUGCAUACUGGAGAGCAUUAAAGUCUAGAUGCACAAUACUGAAGUUCAUAGAGGGAAAAAUGGAAGAAAGGAUGAAAAGAAUGCAAGAGGGAAAUGAAAAUUCGGAGGAAAAUGAUCUUUUGAACUGGGUUUUAAAACAUUCAAAUCUUUCAACAGAGCAAAUUCUUGACUUGAUUCUCAGCUUGCUCUUUGCUGGUCAUGAAACUUCAUCUGUUUCCAUAGCUCUUGCUAUUUACUUUCUUCCUGGUUGUCCUCAAGCUAUACUACAAUUAAGGGAAGAACACAAAGAAAUCGCCAGAGCAAAAAAACAAGCAGGGGAAACAGAACUGACUUGGGAAGACUACAAAAAAAUGGAAUUUACUCACUGUGUUGUGAACGAGACACUUAGGUUGGGUAAUGUUGUGAGGUUCCUUCAUAGGAAGGCUCUUAAAGAUGUUCGGUACAAAGGUUAUGAUAUUCCAUGUGGGUGGAAAGUCCUUCCGGUCAUUGCAGCCGUGCAUUUGGAUCCUUUACUUUUUGACCAACCUCACCACUUUAAUCCAUGGAGAUGGCAGAACAAUGAUGGUGCAUCUGGCAAUAGUAAUAUUUUCUUACCGUUUGGAGGAGGACCAAGAUUAUGCGCAGGAUCAGAAUUAGCAAAGCUUGAAAUGGCUGUUUUCAUUCACCAUCUCAUUCUCAACUACAAUUGGGAAUUGACUGAUAAUAACGAUCAAGCUUUUGCAUAUCCUUUUGUUGAUUUUCCUAAAGGCCUACAAAUUAGAGUCCAAGCUCACUCUCUAAUAUGAUCAUAUCAUCAAUUAAAAGUCCAAUUAGUUAGGUCAUCCAUUCUAUAACUAAGAAAAAGACCACAUGCUAUGCUACCUACUACCUAUAUAUAGCCUUUUGAUUAUGAGGGAUUUUGGAUUUUAUUUUAUACAGAUGAGCUGUCUAAUCUUAAAUCAACGUUCCUGAUCGAUCAUCUAUAACUAAGCUAUUGAUUAUGUAAUCAACAAUUUUAAAUCCGAUUAGCAGCCAAAAUUCAGAAUUGGGUGUAACCACAUGUGUUUUUUUUUACGGCAAACGAUCCGAGUAUGGUUUGAAGAUCUUUUGAAGGCAUCACAUUUGAACCAAUCAAUUGAAGUAUAAUGGCAUGUCAAUAGGACCACUUUGAUUAUCCGUUUUCUUCUCCCUCUAGGCUCUAUUAGAUUUUCAAUGUCCACUACCCCACCCACAUUGUACAUUUUAUAUAUUUAUUUUGUAUUAUUAUCCCAGUACUGUAUUUCCAAAAGGCUAGGACGACGAGUGAAUAUUUAUUCAUCUGUAUUAUUAUCCCAGUACUGUAAUCUACUAUUACUAUAUGUAAUAAUCCAAUUAUCUAUUGUGUACAA